UUUGAUUAGUCGAUGGUAGGUAUCAACAAAUAUGGAGGAGCUAGGCGUUUUCGUCUGCGGUUCCAUAUUCUUUCCUGCAUGUUUUAUCAUUAUUCGAUAUCUUCUUUACGCGUUUUUUGCCUCCAGACUUACUGAUGCUGACGUCCAUAAUGUAACUGAAAAAUGUGUAUCAAGUAUCCAAGCAGCCACAGCAACAGUAGUUGGUUUAAUCAUUGCAGUAAAAUGUCAGAAAGAUAUCAUGAUGGACAGACACUGGUUGACCAAUACCUAUGCAGUGUUUGGGAUGCCCUACUUCUCCUAUGAUACUGUUGCUAUGUACUAUACUUAUAUUCAUACCAAGCCUGAGGUUCAAACCCAACCCUUCUUACAUCGACUUCAGCAUUUUGCUGUAAACUCCAAGGCUAUGCUAGUUCAUCAUCUUCUUCUACCACUGAUCUUGUUCCCUUCAAUAAUUUUUUUCCGUAGAGGUCUUGGAGACUUUUUUGUUGGAGUUUUGUAUAUGUGUGAAUUUACCAUUCCAUUUAUCUCGGCAAGAAUGAUUUUAGCUCAGCUACAGAUGAAGCACACGUGGUACUACAUCACCGUGGGUCUCCUGAUGAUCGGCUCCUUCCUAGUCUCUAGGGUGCUAGUGUUCCCCUUCCUAUACUGGAGGUAUGCCGUGUAUGCGGGCCUCCCCCUGGGUCAGGUGCCUGUACAUAUUCCCCUCAAGUGUAACCUGGGCUGUCUGCUGAUCCUGGUCCCCCAACUAUACUGGCUUUUUCUGAUGGUGCGAGGGGCCAGCAAAGUGUUCUACAAGAUCUACCUCAAGUCCAAACAACAUUGACCGAAGAAUAAGGUCUUUCAAACAACCAUGUGUUACUGGCUAGUCAUACAGAUUGUGAUGCAUGUUAUUAAUUGCUCAUUAAUUUAUUUAACUUUAAUAUCCAUAUACAUGACAUUAUACAAUGUUGAAGGAAUGCCCCAAGAUGUUGGGACAUUCCUUGUUUGACAGAUAUGCAAGGGGUGUGUCACAAUAUAAUGUGAUUUAAUUAAUCAUGUCAAAAAAAGGGUUUUUUUUGCCUUCAGAGUUAUUAACCUUUUUAUAUUUGAUAUUGUGUGAUUAUAUUAUAUAAACAUCAUGUUAAACAUGCACCAGAUGGAACUGUCUUACCAAGUGUUAACCAGCAAUAACUCAUUCUCAGUAGAUGUUUGACCUAAUUUGUACAUUUAUAGAUAUUUGACAUUUUUGAUUCAUUUUGUACAUUUAUAGAUAUUUGACAUUCAAGUUUAGAUGUGUUGUACCGCGUUAGUGAGAUAAUAUGCGAGCUGCUAGGGCUUAAUAUUCCAGUCCAUGCUCAAUUUUUGCAAUGUGUUAAAAUUUAUUAUAUAAGAUCAAGGAAACUGUCAGAUGAAUGCAGUCGUUACAUUCCGAUUUCUCUGGAUGUCAGAGGUGUAUUGCCAAGGGGAUUAGAAUUUCACAAUCUCCUUGUUGACAAUAGAAUUGUUUGUGCUCCAAAUACAUGUAUUUAUUAUUGCAAACAAAAACAAAAAACAAAUAUUUAAAUACAGUUACAAUUAAACAUAAGUGACAAUAGGUAAACAUAUAAGUAAGAUGAUUUGGUUGUUGAAUAUUCAUGAGCUUAUUAUAAAGACAUUGUUUGUUUUUAGAAGAAUACUACAUGUAUUGUUUUGAGAAGUCUUGUGCACUGAUUUUGUUUUUGUGUCAACAAUUGGUACUGCUAUUUACCCUACCACCAGGGCUUUAUUUGUGUUCUGUUCGUUUUUUCUUUAUGGUACAUUGUUGUAGAAUUCUGUAUGGUAUUUAUGUUUUCAAUCUCUCAUGUUGGCUUUAUUUUACUUAUCAGUGCAUGCUUAUUAUCCAUGAAUUCCUGUUGACUACUUUAAGUUUCCAUUGCCUAGAAUUGUUCAAAAUAACAUAGGCUUAUGGUAGUUAAAACUGAUCUUAAAUGACAUUUUGUACACUAGAUUCUGAUCAAAGUGCCUAUACAUCCUGUUUUUCAGUAUUUCCUUUUGUGCACUUGUAAAUUGUACUAAACUAUACCAAAUAUAUUUAAAAACAAAAUAAUAGACUUUACAUAAGAUGAAGGUGCAUGUAUUGAAGUUUUCAAACAUUAGCGAGGUCAUUGUUUUUUUAAGAAUGUCACAUGCAGUAUUCCUUUUCUUUUUAUCCUUGUGUGAGAAUUUUGAAAUAUUUUGUGCAAUAAAUUCCAUGCAAGUGUUUUUUUUUUUGUUAAAAUAACAAUUCUUAGUGUUUUGUUAAUUUUUUAAAUAAAAAAUUGUCCAUAAA